GACUGUGCUACCCCAUCCAAAGCCACAGUACAGCGCACAGCUAAAAAUAUGGCUGCUUCAGAUCUAGCGCUAGCCAAAUUCAUUUCGGUUUCUGACCGCUUAAGCGAAUUUGAGGCUCAGAUCAACACUCCGGAAUCCGCAGCUCCAACCAUCACGAUGCUUGGCGUCCGUCGCGACCAAGUCCGAACCCUAUGGGACAAGGUUGAGAAGGAAUACGAUCUCUGCUCAGAGUGCCUUGUGUCAGCAGGCGAAGCGGCAGUAAGCACCAUGCCUAUUCUCAAGGUUAAAUACAGUUAUUGCUAUUCAGUCUAUGAAAGGUGUGUUGCCCAGCUCGUUGAUAAAAUCGAGCAGGGCACUUCUCAGUCCAUCCCAACCGCGAACGCUGCGCCCCAGGCCUACAUUUCCUCUGGCUGUCGGUUGCCUCCAUGCGAUACAGAGAAUCUGGGCCGGCCUUGA